GUUGGUGGCACUGCUAGUAUUAAUGCGUAUGAUUUCUGCUAUGUUUGUGCGGAGAAAUUAAACGGUUUUAAAGUCUAUUAGGCGUCGAAAUACUGUUGACCGCAAUGUAAAUUAUCGUCGGCCAUCGGGACGUAGUGGAACUAGCGAAGCCUUAUAAAGGAACGGUGUGUUUUGUUUGGAGACGCCAUUUUUUCCAUCUAACUGUCAAUCAGUGGAAUGGAUGAUGUCCAGGCAUUGAAAACGUAAAUAUUGGAAAAAGCCCCACGCUAUCCAGUGAGCCCUUACCCAUGCCCAUUUCGGUGCUGUCGUAUUACCUCGUCUGGUUGUCGAACAAGACGGCGAAGCUGCUGAUAAAAGCGAAAAUACACAAUAUGGACAUGUGAGGACCUACUUCUUGGAGACAUUCACCAAAGAGAUUGUUUAACAAUGUAAAUGGAUAACGGCGAUUCAAAGAUUAUGAUGCUGAGGCCCCGGAAGAGUCUUAUAAGCCAGCUGAACAGUUGCAUUACCUGCGGGCUAUGUAAAGGCUACUUCAUUGAUGCUACCACAAUCAUCGAAUGUUUACACACAUUUUGUCGCAGUUGCAUAGUCCGGUACCUGAAUACACACAAGUAUUGCCCAAUUUGUGAUGUGCAAGUGCACAAAAGCAAACCACUGCUCAACAUUAGGCAGGACAAAACGUUACAGGCUCUCGUUUACAAGUUGGUCCCAAGAUUGUACCAAGAUGAAGCAAAAAGACGGAAAGCCUUUUACGAGGCCAACCCAACAGCUAAACCAUCCCCCUCUGAGCAGGAGAUAUCGGCCAGGUUUGACUACAUCUUGGCCCCAGAUGAAUCCGUUGAUUUCACUUUGAGUUAUACCGGGAGCUGUAUUAAACCAAGGUACAUACGGUGCUCCAGUGCAGUGUCAAUUUCUCAUUUGAAGAAACUGAUCCACGCCAAAUAUGAACUCACUGAUCUGCACAAAGUGGACGUGUUUUUCAAGGAAGACAAUCUCGACUAUUCACUGACCCUUAUUGAUGUGGCCUACAUCUACUCAUGGAAAAGGAAAAACCCGUUAGAUCUGACCUACAAAAUCUACGAGAGCAGAGUGAAAAAAGCCAAGCUGGAAUGUUCAGAAUGUGAGGAGCAAACGGCGUCAUCCACGAACUGGAAAGAGGUUCAAUUGAGAAUAAGUGAGAAUGGCGAGAUGUCGAUAACGGGAAUCCAGGAAUCCGGAAUGCUCCAGCUGCUAGAAGCCACGGAAAACUUCAAAAGCGAAGUUGUAAUAACCGAAAGUAAGCUCCUAGAGACAGCGGCGGAUGCACAGAGUGGCCCCGGAGACUCAAAAGUGUCUGAUGCUGCCAAAAAACCGCUUCCAGAAUUGCAGUACAUCGGCAAGGCUGCCAAGCUGAAUGUGAACGGCGCAAGCAUAGCAGCCAAGGCAUCGGCAGACCUCAACCACACUCCGAGCACAAGUUCUUCAUCAACUGCAGCGGAAUUUAAAGUUCCAAGCCUGCCGUUUCCUAAGCCUGUAGAACUGAGCGCGUCUUUGAAUUUGAAUAGUGAGCUAUCUGUGAUGCCUUUGAGUAGUACGAGUUGCGUGUCGCUUUCUUCUUGUGGUGGUACUACAACAGUGUUUAGUACGAUCAGCAAAAGCAUGUGCAGCACGAAGUCGGACAACACUAACUCUCAUGCGGUGAUAGAUUUGAGCACUGAGAACAAGACGCUGCUGAACGUAGUCAACCCGGCAGUUGAAGUAAACAGUGUGCUGAAGCAGAGCAACAGCUUGAAAAGGAGGUGCGACGAAGCGAGAAAAACGACGCCGGACGUUCCCACCAAGCAGCCAAAACCGACAAUUCUGAACCACUCGUUGGGUCUGACGAAUAUGAAGAAGCACUCGAAGUACGCGCGGACCAACGGGGAGCUCAGACAUGCAGAUGUGACUGACAAAUCGCUUCCCAUUCUGACAAUCACGCCAGACAGCGGCGGCUCGAAGCCGACACUAAGUAGCAAAAGUUUGAAUUACGCGCAGCUGAGCCGACAGCCGAAGCCGGCCAUACAGCGGAAAAACAGCAAUUCUGGCAACGUGCCAUGUUACAUGUCAAAAUUGCCAGACUGUAUCAAAGUGCAUGAGAUGAACGGAGGAAGGCCAGUAGUUGAUUUUACACUGGAUAAAUCUGAGGGCUUGAUUCCGACGCAUCAGUCGCCGGGGAGGUCAUCUAGUGGCCACGUUCAUACCCCUAUCAUAACACCAGCUCAUCUUUCACACCGCCAGCAUCUGAGCGCAUUGAAGCAAUCGCUUGCAGAAAAUCCAACCGAGGAGCAAGUGGGGGCGCAGAACGAUUUGCGAUCCACAUCGCAAAAUGUCAAGGAUUCCGAAAAACCUGCAGAUGCUGAAAACCAGCAGGGGGACACGCCUGUUUCCUUGUGCCAGAUGCCCACGAUGAAGACGAAACCGAGCACUUCCAUCGGAUACAAGACGUUGAGGGAUCCUCCGAAAAGUUGGAAUUCGCAAAUCAAUUCUCAAAUCGCUCGGGUGAACCAAAACGCCAAAGCGCAGCAGUUGGCCAACGCUGCAGCUGCAGCUGCACAGUGUGCCACGGGAAAUGGCCAAGGCCGAUCCGCUACUGACUUGAAGACGGUGAGACCAGCAAAGUUCUUCAAGGGCCGAAACAUGCCUCGUUACUUAGGGAAUCCUGCUUCCGGCGUUAAGCCGAUGUAUCAGGUUCAGGUCAGUCCCGAAAAGAACAAGGAACAAACUGCUUCGAAGCCGGAAAAGAGCGAGAUUAAGAAACACUCUAUCGUGAAAAUUGACCCCAAAACGUUAAAGCCGAUUAGUGAGAAGGCGCCGGACACUGUAAACUUGAGCAAUAUGAGCAAUAUUGGCAAUUUGGAAUCGGCUGCGCCGCACUCUAGUGAGGAAUCGCGAAGUGGGUCCCCGGUGAACGAUUUGAAGAUCAGUUUGAGCUCCGUGCCGAUCUUCAAUCCACUAAAGUUGCAGCAGACUUCGCCGCGAAGCGGCAGGAAGUCCCCCAGAAGUCCCCAUUCACCGAAAACUAAGCCCAAUUCCACUAUAGCUAGUACAACAACCACUGCAUCCAACUCCUCGUUGAAACAGCAACGGGACAAAACCAGUUUGACGUUCACUCGAUCCAACCCGUUCAUUCCGAACUUGGGCAGCCCAACGCUGAACCCCAACCAGUUUCUCUAUCCAGCUGGCGGCUACCCGAGCUACGAUCCGCGAUUUAUGGCCGCAUGUCAUAGCUUGUGGUACUCGCGAAGAAUGGCUGAAGCAGGCUUGGUGCCUCCUGCCUUGCCCGCCGGCUUUGGCCUGAACAUGAGCGUAUCUUCAUUGUCUUCCACGAACAGCCAGAAUCCAUUCAAUGCCGGCGUGGGACCCAAGUACUCGACAGCAAGCAGGGCAGCCAAUCCAGCAAGUCAGAGAAGUAGCAAUUCAAAAUCAUUGGGCAGAAAGGUGAAGGAAUUCGCACCGGUGAAGAAUGAGAAGAGUUUAGAAGUGAUCUUGGAAAAGAUCAAUCAAAACAAGGUCAAGGAAAUGAUGGACGUCAAGGGCACCGAUGGCAAAGCAGCAGCAACAAAUGGGUUGGUCUUGCAGCGACCGCCCAGUCAGCCUAGUAAUGGCGAUUUGGACGCUGCGGAGGUCCACUCGAAGAAGACCGAAUCAACAUGUCACAUAAAAGAGUCCUGUAAGUCAACAGGAGCUGCUGCGCCUUCAAGCGAAGAGUCCGUCACGUCGCACAGUAUACGCGAUGAGCCUUUAAAGCCGGCAACCAUUCAAAAUGACACAAAUAUCAGUGCAAAUACAAAUUUGAAAACAGCGGAUGAAGAGGAUAGAUCUAAGAGGGAGGAGCGAUUACGAGAUGAAUCGAAUGAGAUGAAGGCUAAGGAGUCAGCAGUGUUUAAAGUGGCGGCAAGUAAAAGUGGCGAAACAGUGGGUUUGAAAAGUGAGAAAGCUGAAGGGCACAGUGAAAACGGGAUUUCGGCACGAUCCCCAGAAAUUUCAAAAACGGAUGUUAAUGAUAAUGGCACCGUUAGUACGUGUGGAGACACGGAAAAAGUAGUCACACCAACCGAGAGUUCGAACGAACAGAAAACUGGCGGAUCUGAAAAUAACUCGGCCGGUAGUGAAGAAACUUCAUUGUAGAGUUGUAUUACCAGUUCUCGUAAUCGCAGGUACACAGUGUAGAAUUUCUCUAAAAGAGCACCACUCAGUUUAAAGCAAACAGGCUUCCGUUUUCAUGUAUAUCACUCAGAUCUGACCUAUGCCUCAAUUGCUUAAAAACGACUUUAUACAUAUUGUAAUUUUGUAGAUUUCGCUUCUGUAUAUUGUGUUUUUUUUUGAUUUAUUUGUUUUGCAUAAAGGUUUUUAUUUGUACAUUAACACAUGUUCUUGUAAAGUUGAAUUUUUACUCGACUAGUGAAUGCUUUUUGGUUUCGGUCGAAAAUUGAAAGUGCCUAGUAGUGUCACGUUGCAGAACGUUUCGAUCACUCAUAAGACAAAAAGCUAUUUUUCGAUCCCCAAGGGCACCUGCAGGAAACAGCCUCUAGUCAGAAUAGAUUAAAUCGUUUUUAAAUUGCAAAUUUUGUGAUAUGUACAGGUUACUUUAAAUUCGAGAUUGUUCAUAAUAGCUUUUAUAUAAGGAAAUGAAGCAUAUCACUGUUAGACCAUAUUUUCUGCAGGUGACUCUUUAAUGUAGAUGCAAUCGGAUUUGGCGUUGUGUCAUGAGGUUUCAGCUGGUGAAAAAAUAGAAAUAUUUACAGGGCGAAAGGUUGAUGAGCAGGAGUUUUUUCUUGCGCUCAGUCCCCCACGCAUGUUGAGCAAGCUGUGAGCGGGUACAAAUCAGGAAUUCGCACUUCAAUCGGGAAAGGCACGAACGCCUCAUCCGUAGCAAAUAAUUAAGUCAUAGACGAAUUGCAAAAUUUGAGAUGUUUUGCUCAAAAUUGUAAAGUUUCGACCUUAAUAAUUUGGUAACUGUUUACAAAUACAUUGUUUUUAAUGAUAUACUAUUUUAUAAAGAAA